UCUUCCACUUACUAGUUAUUGAAUUUUCUGGUUUUAUCACAAAUUUAUAGUGGCAAAUACUUUGUUUAAAAAAAUUGAGGUGUGCUCUUUGUGUUUCAAGCAUUAAGAGAGGUAGUGCGACACUAGUUGUAUUUUACUCUACAUGUUGAUAGAUGGUGGUGUACCAGCUCCAGAAGAAAAGAAAGAAAAAUCUCUCACUCUCUCCCUCUCUGCCGAAACCAGCAACCAAAACAGAGCAUUCCUUCUCCAAGCUUGUUCUCGCUCCACAGGCCUUCGAAUCGACCCAGACCACGUUCCACAGCUUCGCCUCUUCCUUUCGCAGCUGCCGGUAACAGCCUUUCGCCGUCUCGUGGGCCGUACACGGCGGUGGAGCACGAGGCCGGUUUACCCCCGUUUUGAUUUCAAGCUUGAUAUCUCAAGUUACCAUUCACCACUCCUCACCAAACUCCAUCCACAAGCUCACCUCAACGUCCUGAAGCUCCCAGAAGUGGCCUUGCACGGCGGCGCUACUCGUGGUGGCGGCUGGAAGCCAGACCCGAUCAAAUCGAAAACCAAAGCUUCGAUCGACAUAUCUCGCGCUACAGGAUGUUGUUUUGAGUGUUUCUUGAACUGGUGAACUCAGAGUGAGGAUCUGAACAACUUUCCAGAAGGCAUCGAGGCCUGAAAUUGAAGUUUUUACGUCGAUCGGAGCCCUCGCCGGAUUCUGCAAAAUUCUGCAAAUUUUCCGACCACCGAAGCUUUCGAUCGGUAUAUCUCGAGCUACAGACCAUAUUUUUCUGUGAUUCUUGAACCAAUGCGUUCGUCUUGAGUUUCUUAACAACUCUCUAGAAGGAAUCGAAGCCUGAAAUUGAAGUUUUGACGUCGAAAUCAAGCCUUGCCGGAUUCUGCAAAUUUCGCCGGAUUCUGGAAAUUUUCCGGCCACCUCGACUGUUCUAGGUUAUUGACGGUUUGAGUUGGUGGACGAUUGUGGAUCGUAUUUUGAGCUGAAUUGAAGACGCAGCGGGAUUAUCGAGCGGGAAAUCCUACAGGUCAGGAGAACCAGGACGGUGAUCGGGCUGCUUAGAGUAGUGUUAUGUGAAUUACAGCAUUAUAUUGUGAGGUUUGUUAUGCUCAUUUAGAGCUUUGCAAUUUUACUUUGUAAGAGUGAAUUGUAAUAAUUAACUCGAGGUUUUCGAGUUUUUGUGUUGAGUGGCGAGUGGUGUGUUUGUUUGUGAGAAAAAAAUUCAGAACGUUAUUUGUAUUAAUUGUUUAUUCAUGUUUCGGAUUUGAAUUGGUUAUUCAAAAUUCGGGGCGUGACAGUUUGGUAUCAGAGCGUAAGGUGCAUAUUUGGUGAUGUGUCAAUACUUUCCGAGUGAUGGCCCGUCUGCAGCGGAUCCCCAUCGUGUGCUCUUCGGUAUUGGCUAAGUCAUUGGGUAUGUGUGAGUGUUAGGAGUCGUUUAGGCCGCUAAGUAGUCUUAGGAACGUGAAUACUUUUCUUGUAGUAUCGACUUGGUUAAUAUGGACUAGUAUUGACUUAUACUAUGUUGAGUGUUAUACAUGUAUUAACCAAACAUACUAUGCUUCCUAGGUAAUGGAAAUUCCGAGGGGUGGGCCUAGACGUCGUGGUGGGGGUGUAAGAGAAGGUAGAACUGGUGAUAGGGACAGGUUCCGUCCCAUAGAGGAGCUUUAUGAUGAUGAUGUAGAGUCUUCUAUCGGUGUACAACCUACUCCGCCCAUGGGUGAAAUGGCUGACCCUGGUCGUCUGUUGAGAUUGGCUAGAGACAUUAAUCAUCUGGGAGCAGCCAAGUUUCAUGGAAGCAUGGAUUACAUGGUGGCUGAUCAAUGGGUCGAGGAUAUGGAGAAUUAUUUCGAGAUGAUGGACUGUAAUGAGAUUGAAAAGAGGAAGUUAGCCACUUUCAUGCUAAAGGGUGAGGCUAGGGUGUGGUGGAAUUGUAUGCAAAAGACCAUUGAUGUGACCACCCUGACUUGGGAUGGUUUUGUGAGACUAUUCCGAGAGAAGUACUUUCCAGCUUCAGUGAGAGAAAAAUUGGAACGGGAGUUCCUCUCACUAACACAAGGGAAGAUGACGGUGACAGAGUAUGAGGCAGAGUUCUCUAGACUAUAUAGGUUUGUGAAAUCAAUGGAUGCUGAGGAUUUGGCCAAGAAGUUUCAGCGGGGGUUGAAUGCUUCCAUUGAGCGUGAUGUGGCCAUUUUGGAACUGAAGGUCAUGAAGGAAAUUCUAGCAAAGGCUCUGAUCAUUGAGCAACAGAACUUGAUUCAUAAGGAGAAGGAAACAGCUGAGAGGGAUUUUCAGGGAAAGGGAAAGGCAGUGGCAGGUAACAGUGGAUCCAGAGACUUUAGGGGUGGAUACUGGAAGAGACAAAAGACUCAGUUCCACCAUCAGGCCCCAGCUAGAGUAGCAGCAGCUCCUCUUCCUCCUAUUCGGGCCGUACCUGUCAGACAAGUUGCAGCUGCAGCGCCUGUGAGAUGUUAUAACUGCGAUGAGUUGGGUCAUCUCUCUAGGGCUUGCACUAAACCCAGGGCUAAGGGAUGCUUUCGUUGCGGACAGACUGGACACCUUGCCAAGGACUGUACUCGACCCCGUGUUGGAGGACAGGGUAAUCAGCAAAGGCUCUUACCUCCAGUACCAGCUAGAGUCUUUGCAAUCGGUCAGAGAGGCACUGGGGUGGAAGCGGGAAAUCCUACAGGUCAGGAGAACCAGGACGGUGAUCGGGCUGCUUAGAGUAGUGUUAUGUGAAUUACAGCAUUAUAUUGUGAGGUUUGUUAUGCUCAUUUAGAGCUUUGCAAUUUUACUUUGUAAGAGUGAAUUGUAAUAAUUAACUCGAGGUUUUCGAGUUUUUGUGUUGAGUGGCGAGUGGUGUGUUUGUUUGUGAGAAAAAAAUUCAGAACGUUAUUUGUAUUAAUUGUUUAUUCAUGUU